AUGUCACAAGUUCGCCAAGAUCCGUACCAAACAACCUUUGAGCGUUCUGGAAGUGGGUCCGCAACUCUAGGCGAUCAGCAGUGGGUGCAGUUUCUCGAUUUGCUGGUGGAGAAGAAUUUCUUGACUGACGAAACAGCCCAAAAAUUUCGGCAAGAGCAUGAAGGACGGCCGCACACUUUCGAGCUCUUCCAACGCGAUCUCUGUAGGUGGGCGGAUGUUCAGAGCUCCAUUCCAGUAGACAGCAUCAUCGACAAACUCAAGGAAAAGACUCAGUUCCUUCAUCAAGUGAUCGACGCACAUCAUGAUGCCGAUCCCAUUAACGUCAACUUUUUGCAUCCAGUCAUCACACAAGCUGAAAUACUGAGACACAAACUGGCUAGACUAGAGGAGACGACAAGUAGUGCACUGGUUUCCAAAUGGGUAGCGUCGGAUCUCUUCAGUUCUGUUGAAAACUCUUUCGAGUCCGAGAGUGCAUGUCCGUGGAAAUUCCAGCGAGCGAAUGCUCGAUAUCUGCGAGUUGAAGAAAGACAAAGAGCAAAGCACCAGUUCAGACUUCGUCAUUGCGACGAAAGUACCGAUCGGGUUUUGAAGGAGACAUUUUUCCCUGUGCUUGAGCAAUUUCGUGAAGUACAAAUUGGGAUGGCAACUUUCACGUAUCCACAACUAAAAGACGAAGAGGAUAAAGACCCAGAAUUCGCUAUCGCUGUGAUGAUACGACGCCAGAGCACCAGUGGGGGAGCUCUGUUGUGGCUGGAUAAUCUGGUGUCUGCGUAUAGACAGCUAUCGUUGAGCCCAUACGUCCAGCAAUAUCUCGGAAGUGAAGAGGUAUCUGGAACUGAGGAUGUCACAACCCGGCACUACUUUGAGUUUGUACAGGCACGGAGUCUAUCUGAAAUUCUCUCAGACGACGGAGUACUUCAUGAAACAUCAUCGCUCUUUAAGUUAUACGCUCGAGAACUUCUCCUCGCAAUCAUCGACUUGCUAGAGCAGUCAACGCACCAACUCAACACGCGCUUGUUACCUGAUAAAGUGAUGAUUUCGCACUCGGGUCGCCGCGUUUACUUCGGCAAGCUGGACUUUGGGGGCUACAUCGAUCCCUUCCAGAGCAAGCCGCUCUCAACGGUGAUGCAGCGGAGGGAGCAAUCACUGCUCCAAGAUCUGUCAGUGAUACUGUUCUCAAUGCUGUACCCAGUCACACUCCCGCGAAAUUUACCAGAGUUUCGCACCCGAUAUCUUGGACAUCGAGACAGCAAGUUUGUGUUUCGGUAUCGCAUAAACUGCAAGUCCAAGUGCAAACGACCAGACAGGAAUGAGAUCUGUGUCUCUUGCGGGGACACCUUUGCGAUUGUGUUAGCUGGGGACAACCUCUCUGAUGAAAUGUGGACGUAUCAGACUUCAACAAGCAGUUUGCUGACAUGCGUCGACCGUCGAUACUCACCUAUGGAGUUCCGCUUUCGAGCCAAAUUGAGUGGAGAGUGUACCAUCACAUUUUCGCCCUUGGGCAGCAGAACUGUUGGUACUUUUACAUUAUCCGUGACAAUUUGUCAAGAUAAUUUUCGUUUACACCAGAGCAAAGCUCAGACACUCAUAAGUGCGUGUGCAGCUGUAUCGGAAGCUCCACCAACGCUUCUACAGCAAGUAUCGCCGCGGAUGCUCUUGCUUCAACACGAAUAUUUUCAACCCUUGUCCAAAAUUGAGAGUCAUGAAGUGGAACGCGAGCUGCUGGACAGGGUAUAA